GCCAGUGGACCGCGCGGAACCGAACUUGCCUGCGGAGCAACAAGGGAACACUGACGUGCUAACAAGUUAGCCGGACAGCUAACGCUAGCUGGUAUAUAUGUGGUGGAAGUGACUUAUAUAUGGUAAAUUUAUAAUUUGCAACAUUUUGUUUUUUUAUUUUUAUUUUACUUUAGCCACACAGGUUAUUUAAUUAUGCCCAGCAAAAAGAAGAAAUACAACGCUAGAUUUCCUCCGGCAAGAAUUAAGAAGAUUAUGCAGACAGAUGAAGAAAUAGGAAAAGUGGCUGCCGCAGUUCCUGUUAUUAUUUCGAGAGCUCUCGAGCUUUUCUUGGAGUCGUUGCUUACAAAAGCUUGUCAGGUCACCCAGGCGAGGAACGCGAAGACAAUGACAACAUCACAUCUAAAGCACUGCAUUGAGCUGGAGCAACAGUUUGACUUCCUAAAAGACUUGGUGGCCACAGUGCCGGACAUGCAAGGCGACGGGGAAGAGAACCACGCCGAGGGGGGAGGCGAAAAAGUCCCGCGCAGAGGACGGAAACCGGGGUCUGGUCGCAAGAACGGAGGGACCGGCUCCAAAGGCAAAGACAAGAAGCUGUCUGAAACGGAGUCGGACCAGGAGGAUGACUCUGAAGACAGCGAGACAGACCGAGACGAAGAGGACGGUUCUCAAUCGAGCACAAAUCGUCAGUCUGCAGCCACGUUCCACAGCUCCAACGCUCCCCCCCAGUUUGUGCACAUGGGCAUGGUGGCUCCAUGUGAGCCACCGAUCGAUCAGACCCCUCAUAACUUCUUUAUGUUUGAAGCACCAUCUCCUCCAGGCCCUCCGCCGCACACGCACGACGACGACGAAGACUAUGACUCUUAGCUCCCCCCCGUCCACCAUGCUCUCCAUCUCUGUCUCACACAGGUCAUGCUCAGAUUCUUGUGUUGAUUUUCUGCCGGCUGCUCCAACCAGUGAAGGGAAAGACUCUUCAUUUACAGGCCGCGAACAGAAACGCUGUAAGAGACAAAAAAAAAAUCAUGUUGUAUAUUAAAUGUUUUAAUUUUUUUUAAGGAUUUUAUUUUAUUGUAGAGAAUUGUCCGUCGCGGAUGUUUUUUAACAAGUCACUUGUUAGUUAAAAAAAGAAAAAGAGAGAGAGUUGUCACUGUUUUUUUGUUGUGAGCCCCUGCAGACAGGAUACGUGUAGUUUGUGUUGCAGUUUUCCACACUUUUUGUUUUUUCUCGGUUCUCUAUAUAAUUUAAUUUUUCCAACACUCGAAUUGAAAAAUAAACAGAGGAGAGGUAAGUUAGAGCAGUAUUCCAGCUUUCUAAUCAAAGACAACAAGCUGAGAUGAGUUCGGGGCCAAGUGUUUGAAGGGGAUUUCUGAAAGCAGUGUUAAAGGGGAACCAGCUCAUUGAAGUGUUGUAUCAUCAAGUUAUUCUUCAGCUGUUGGUUAGUUCAGCUCAGUUUCAACAUCAAACAACAAAACACACAAAGAAGCAGAGAAAAGUCUUUGUUUGCUUCCUUGUUGAUCUAUAUGGAGAUAUAGUAGAUGUAUGGCCUCUAGAUCAACAGGCCGUACUUUCCAUUUGUAAUUUUUUUUUUUUUUUAUUAAUAUAUUUGUCAAUGAACUCCUCGGCAAAGCCCUGAAUUCAGCCACAUCAUUAGAUUCAUAUUUUGUUGAUGAUCCUGAUGCUGAUGUUUGUUUCUGCUAUAUUACUACAUAGGACCAUUCAGUUCCCCUGGAUUGCUCACAUAGGUACACCAACUCAUUGGACCAUGAUAUAUAUAUAUUUUUUCUCAUUUCUAAUUUCAAAUCUGAACACCCCGCCCCACUAAAUAUUGCUUUUUCAU